GAAGUUCUGGGCACAAACCAAAAUUUGGAAAAAAAAAAAAAAAAAUCCCAUUCCGGCAAAAAGGAAGAAAAAGAAAAGGGAAUUUUGAGGCGCAAUCAAUCCACGUAAUUUAACAGCAAUCCAUCCUGAGAAGUGUUUCGUUGGUGAAUUUGCGCAAUGCCCUCUGGAGAUGGAUCGACGAAAUCUUCUACCAAGACAUCCAAGAAGCCCCAAUAUUCUAGGUUUACUCAGCAAGAACUUCCAGCUUGCAAGCCAAUCUUAACUCCUGGACUGGUAAUGGCAGCUUUCCUUAUUCUUGGCCUAGCCUUCAUUCCAAUUGGUCUCUCCCACUUGUCUGCUUCGGACAAUGUGGUUCAGCUUAUAGACCGUUACGAUGAGGCUUGCUUCCCUGCCAGUAGUUCCAAUCCUGAAGAAGCGAAUGGUAAGAGGAUCAGCUACAUCCAGGACGACAAGACAGACAAAACCUGCACCCGGAACUUGACUGUCCCACAGAAAAUGAAGCAACCUAUUUUCGUGUACUAUCAGCUUGAUGAAUUCUAUCAAAACCAUCGCCGAUAUGUAAGAAGCAGAAAUGACCAGCAGUACAGGAGUGCAUCAGCUGAACGCAAAACAGCAAAUUGCGAUCCAGAGGCGGAAGUCAACGGCAAUCCCAUAGUCCCUUGUGGCCUUAUUGCUUGGAGCUUGUUCAACGACACAUAUAGUCUCUCGAGAAACGAUAUUGCCCUACCGAUCAACAAAAAUGGCAUUGCAUGGGAAAGUGACAAGACUAGUAGGUUUGGGUCUGAUGUCUACCCAAAAAACUUCCAAACUCGAAGCCCCAUUGGAGGUGGGAAACUCAAUGAGAAGAUUCCUCUGAACCAGCAAGAGGACCUUCUUGUUUGGAUGAGAACAGCAACGCUGCCGAGUUUCAGAAAAUUGUAUGGCAGGAUCGAAACGGAUCUUGAGGAGAACGAGAUAAUAAAGGUAGUGAUACAGAACAAUUACAACACCUACACUUUCAGCGGCAAGAAGAAGUUAGUGAUUUCGACCACAACGUGGAUUGGUGGGAAGAAUGAUUUCCUAGGCAGGGUUUAUGUCACAGUCGGCGGAAUUUGCUUGCUCAUUGCUAUAACUUACAUCAUCUUCUAUCUCGUCAGGCCGAGGCCUUUAGGGGAUCCAGCAUACCUGUCGUGGAACAAAGUUCCAGCAUCCAACUAAUUAUUUUUCAAGGGCACACAACGAGAUGUCUAUACGAUGCUUCUGUCAGUCGCCAACAUUUGUAACAUGUUACGUCUAGGAAAAUUUUAAUAAAUAGGUCUUUGGUCAAAUUUACAUUACUAAAUGCAGUUUUUUGUCAUAUGAUUAGUUCAAAUUUGACCAAACUUGAUAGAACGAUCAGUGUUAGAAUUUCUCGUUGAUCCUACGCAGACCUAUUCACGGUUUCACAAAGGAGCUAUUUUAUUGGAAGAGGAAUUUUUUUAAAUUGAUCACUGCUUGUGUCUUUUAUUUAGAUUUUCUUCAGCCAUCUGAGA